AUGAGUGUUCGCAGCGGUUCGGUCGAGCGACUAGGGAAACAGCCGACCGUUGUCGAUGUCGAACAAACCACAGCCGGACCAUCGACGAGGCGAGAUGUACCCGAAGGCGACUUUGUCACUGAUCUCGAGGAACGAGAGCUCAAACGUGGUCUCAGUCAGCGACAUAUUUCCCUCAUUGCCAUUGCAGGGGCCAUAGGGACUGGCCUGUUCCUCGGCCUGGGCUCUUCGAUCCAAACAAGCGGCCCUGCCGGGGCUCUCAUCGCAUACGCCCUCAUCGGAUUGGUGGUGUGCGCCGUGCAAUUCGCUCUAGGAGAAGUUACUGCACUUUUACCUGUGACUGGAUCUUUCGUCAGGCAUGCGGAGUUCUUUGUGGACCCUGCUUGGGGGUUUGCGAUAGGAUGGAACAUUGUCUACGGAAACUGGUUCUCGAUCCCGGCAGAGAUCUCGGCCAUCUGUGUACUUUUCCAAUACUGGACGCCGAUCAACUCCUCGGUAUGGAUCAUGCUCUGCAUCAUAGGAACGUUUCUCGUCGGAAUAUCUUUGGUCAGAGUGUAUGGAGAGGUUGAGUUCUGGUUUGCGCUGCUCAAGAUCUUCUUCAUUAUCUUCUUGAUCAUCCUCGGUCUGAUCAUCAGUCUCGGUGGAGUGCCAGGCGUAGAGCGGCUAGGAUUUCACUACUGGAAAACGCCUGGUCCAUUCGUCGAAUAUAUUGGUACUGGUGCCUGGGGCAACUUUCUGGGCACUUGGGCUGUGAUGGGCAACGCAGUCUUCUCCUUCGCAGGCACCGAGUCCGUCGCAAUGGCCGCCGCAGAAUGCCGCAACCCUCGACAGAUUAUCCCGAGAGCUUGCAAACGGGUCUUCCUUCGAGUGGCAUUAUUUUAUGUCUUGUCCGUCAUUGUGGUUGGCAUGCUCGUGGCCAGCAACGACCCUCGCUUGAACGAUCAGUCGGGCACUGCGGCUCAGUCGCCGUUUGUGAUUGCAGCGAGCGCUGCUAAGUUGAAAGCAAUCCCUUCCGUGGUCAACGCGGUAGUCAUUACUUCGGCAUGGUCGAGCUCGAAUCAGGCGCUGCUCUCUGGCACUCGCGUGCUGUAUGCGCUGGCGUUAAAGAAGCAGGCUCCGAAAGUGCUGCUUCGCACGACAUCAUGGGGUAUACCUUGGGUGGCGGUACUCGUCCAGACUGCAUUCAUGUUUCUGGCCUUUUUGAGCUUGAGUAGUGGGGCUCUCACGGUCUUUUACUGGUUUGUCAACCUCACAGCCUGUGGUGUGCUUAUCAGCUGGAUCUCCAUCCUCAUCAACCACCAGCGUUUGAUUCUGGCCAUGCGAAAGCAAGCAAUACCGAUGUCACUUCUACCAUGGCACAACAAGUGGACGAAGGUCUCUACUCCAGCCGCAUUGGCGAUGUGCGUUGCUCUGCUCUUCACUUCUGGAUACUCUGUAUUCACCCAGGGAAACUGGAGUGCUAGCAGCUUCGUAAGCAGCUACCUGGACAUUGGACUGGUAUUGGUAGCGUGCUUGAUCUGGAAAUUUGUGAAGAAAACCAGCAUCGUACGUUUGGAUGAGAUACCCUUGAAAGAGGCUUUGGACGAGAUUGCGAGAAAUCCCGAGGAGCUGGAACCAGAGAAGAAGGGCUGGGUGAAGGUGGUUGGGUGUCUGUGGGAUUAGCGGCUUGCUGAUCGGAGU